AUGACUAAACAAAGACCACUGCAACAAACUGGACAUUUUACUAGGGAAACCCGACCCCUAUCUCAGCAAAACAAAGAGACUACAAUACAUUCACAUGUAACGAGAACUCUACUUACUACAACACCUUCAAACAAACAAUCAACAACACUGACGACCAUUACUACAAUUGUAUCGCCUUCUACUCCUACAACCAAAUCAUCGACUGCAUCCACCACCAUAACUACAACUCUUCCAAGUACUACAUCUACAACCAAACCAACGAUACCACCUACAACCGAGAAUACAACUAUUUCUAGUACAACACCUAUAACAAAACCAACGACACCACCUACGACCGAUAGUACAACUAAACCUAGUACUACACCUACAGCAAAACCAACUACUACAUCUACAACCAAACCAACGACACCACCUACGACUGAUAGAACAACUAUACCUAGUACUUCAUCUACAACCAAACCAAGGAUACCACCUACGGCCGAGAGUACAAAUAUAUCUAGAACAAUACCUACAACCAAACCAACAACACCACCUACGACCGAGAGUGCAACUAUUUCUAGUACAAUAACUACAACCAAACCAACGACACCACCUACAACUGAUAGUACAACUAUACCUAGUACUACAUCUACAACAAAACCAAUGACACCACCUACGACCGAUAGUACAACUAUUCCUAGUACAACACCCACAACCAAACCAACAACACCACCUACGACCGAUAGUUCAACUAUUCCUCUAGCUAGUACAAUACCUACAACCAAACCAACGACACAACCUACGACCGAGAGUACAACUAUAACUAGCACUAUACCUACAACCAAACCAACGGUAUCAACUACGACCGAUAAAACAACUAUUCCUAGUACAACACCUACAACCAAACCAACGACACCACCUACGACCGAUAGUACAACUUUUCCUAGUACAACACCUAAAACCAAUACUACACCUACAACCGAACCAACGACACCACCUACAACCGAUAGUACAACUAUUCCUAGUACUACACCUACAUCAAAAUCAACGACACCACCUACGACCGAUAGUACAACUAUACCUAGUACUACAUCAAUAACCAAACCUACGAUACCACCUACUACCGAGAGUACAACUAUUUCUAGUACAAUACCUACAACCAAGCCAACGACAUCACCUACAACUGAUAGUACAACUAUUCAUAGUACUACACCUACAUCAAAAUCAACGACACCACCUACGACCGAUAGUACAACUAUACCUAGUACUACAUCAAUAACCAAACCUACGAUACCACCUACUACCGAGAGUACAACUAUUUCUAGUACAAUACCUACAACCAAACCAACGACAUCACCUAAUUUCGAUAGUACAACUAUUUCUCUAACCAAUAGUACAACUAUUCCAAGUACAACACCUACAACCAAACCAACGACACCACCUACGACCGACAGUACAACUAUUCCUAGCACUACACCUGCAACCAAACCAACGACAUCACCUACGACCGAUAGUACAACUAUUUCUAGUACAACACCUACAACCAAACCAACAACACCACCUACGACUGAUAGAACAACUAUACACAGUACUACACCUAUAACAAAACCAACGACACCACCUACGACCGAUAGUACAACUAUUACUAGUACAACCCCUACAACCAAACCAACGACACCACCUCAGACCGAUAGUACAACUAUUCCAAGUACAACACCUACAACCAAACCAAUGACACCACAUACGAGCGACAGUACAACUAUUCCUAGCACUACACCUACAACCAAACCAAUAACACCACCUACGACCGAGAGUACAACUAUUCUUAGUACAACACCUACAACAAAACCAACAACACCACCUACGUCUGAUAGCACAACUAUAUCUAGUACUACACCUACAACCAAACCAACGAUACCACCUACGAUCGAUAGUACAACUAUACCUAGUACUACACCUACAACCAAACCAACGACACCAAUUACAACCGAUAGUACAACUAUAUCUAGUACUACAUCUACAACCAAACCAAGGAUACCACCUACGGCCAAGAGUACAACUAUUUCUAGAACAAUACCUACAACCAUACCAACGACAUCAACUACGAUCGAUAAAACAACUAUUCCUAGUACAACACCUACAACCAAACCAACGACAUCAACUACGACCGAUAAAACAACUAUUCCUAGAACAACUCCUACAACCAAACCAAGUACAAAUAUAUCUAGAACAAUACCUACAACCAAACCAACGACACCACCUACGACCGAGAGUGCAACUAUUUCUAGUACAAUAACUACAACCAAACCAACGACACCACCUACAACUGAUAGUACAACUAUACCUAGUACUACAUCUACAACAAAACCAAUGACACCACCUACGACCGAUAGUACAACUAUUCCUAGUACAACACCCACAACCAAACCAACAACACCACCUACGACCGAUAGUUCAACUAUUCCUCUAGCUAGUACAAUACCUACAACCAAACCAACGACACCACCUACGACCGAGAGUACAACUAUUCCUAGCACUAUACCUACAACCAAACCAACGGUAUCAACUACGACCGAUAAAACAACUAUUCCUAGUACAACACCUACAACCAAACCAACGACACCACCUACGACCGAUAGUACAACUAUUCCUAGUACAACACCUACAACCAAACCAACGACACCACCUACGACUGAUACUACGACCGAGAGUACAACUAUUCCUAGUACUACAUCUACAACCAAACCAACGACACCAACUACAACUGAUAGUACAACUAAUCAUAAUACUACACCUACAACCAAACCAACGACACCACCUACGAACGAUAAUACAACUAUACCUAGUACUACUACUACAUCUACAACCAAACCAACGACACCACCUACAACUGAUAGUACAACUAAUCAUAAUACUACACCUACAACCAAACCAACGACACCACCUACGAACGAUAAUACAACUAUACCUAGUACUACUACAACUAUACCUAGCACUACACCUACAACCAAACAAACGAUACCACCUACGACCGAUAGUACAACUAUACCUAGUACUACACCUAUAACAAAACCAACGACACCAUCUUUGACAGAUAGUACAAUUACAUCUAGUACUACAUCUACAAUCAAACCAAGGAUACCACAUAAGGCCGAGAGUACAACUAUUUCUAGAACAAUACCUACAACCAUACCAACGACAUCAACUUCGACUGAUAGAAUAACUAUACCUAGUAUUACACCAAUAACAAAACCAUCGACACCACCUACGACCGAUAGUACAACUAUACCUAGUACUACAUCUACAACCAACCCAACGACACCACCUACGACUGAUAGAACAACUAUACCUAGUACUACAUCUACAACCAAACCAAGGAUACCACCUACGGCCGAGAGUACAAAUAUUUCUAGAACAAUACCUACAACCAUACCAACUACACCACCUACAACUGAUAGUACAACUAUUCAUAAUACUACACCUACAACCAAACCAACGACACCACCUACAACUGAUAGAACAACUAAUCAUAAUACUACACCUACAAUCAAACCAACGACACCACCUACGACCGAUACUACGACAGAGAGUACAACUUUUUCUAGUACAAUAUCUACAAACAAACCAACGACAUCACCUACAACUGAUAGUACAACUGUUCCUAGUACUACACCUACAACCAAACCAAAAACACCACCUAUGACCGAUAGUACAACUAUUCCUAGUACUACAACUACAACCAAACCAAAGACACCACCUACGACCGAUAGAUAUACUACAUCUACAACCAAACCAAGGAUACCACCUACGGCCGAGAGUACAACUAUUUCUAGAACAAUACCUACAACCAUACCAACAACACCACCUACAACUGAUAGUACAACUAUUCAUAAUACUACACCUACAACCAAACUAACGACACCACCUACGACCGAUAGUACAACUAUACCUAGUACUACACCUAUAACAAAACCAUCGACACCACCUACGACCGAUAGUACAACUAUACCUAGCACUACAUCUACAACCAACCCAACGACACCACCUACGACUGAUAGAACAACUAUACCUAGUACUACACCUACAACCAACCCAACGACACCACCUACGACUGAUAGAACACCUAUACCUAGUACUACAUCUACAACCAAACCAAGGAUACCACCUACGGCCGAGAGUACAACAAUUUCUAGAACAAUACCUACAACCAUACCAACAACACCACCCACAACUGAUAGUACAACUAUUCCUAGUACUUUACCUACAACCAAACCAACGACACCACCUACGACCGAUAGUAGAACUAUACCUAGCACAAUACCUACAACCAAACCAACGACACCACCUACGACCAAUACUACGACCGAGAGUACAACUAUUCCUAGUACUACAUCUACAACCAAACCAACGACACCAUCUACGACUGAUAGUACAACUAUACCUAGUACUACAUCUACAACCAAACCAACGACACCACCUACAACUGAUAGUACAACUAAUCAUAAUACUACACCUACAACCAAACCAACGACACCACCUACGAACGAUAAUACAACUAUACCUAGUACUACUACUACAUCUACAACCAAACCAACGACACCACCUACAACUGAUAGUACAACUAAUCAUAAUACUACACCUACAACCAAACCAACGACACCACCUACGAACGAUAAUACAACUAUACCUAGUACUACUAUUACACCUAUAACAAAACCAUCGACACCACCUACGAUCGAUACUACAACUAUACCUAGUACUACAUCUACAACCAAACCAAGGAUACCACCUACGGCCGAGAGUACAAAUAUUUCUAGAACAAUACCUACAACCAUACCAACUACACCACCUACAACUGAUAGUACAACUAUUCAUAAUACUACACCUACAACCAAACCAACGACACCACCUACAACUGAUAGAACAACUAAUCAUAAUACUACACCUACACCUAGUACUACAUCUACAACCAAACCAACAACGAUUCCUACGACCGAUAGUACAACUAUACCUAUUACUAAAUCUACAACCAAACCAACAACACCACCUACGACCGAUAGUACAACUAUACCUAGUACUACAUCUACAACCAAACCAACAACACCACCUACGACCGAUAGUACAACUAUUCCUACUACGACAGAGAGUACAACUUUUUCUAGUACAAUAUCUACAAACAAACCAACGACAUCACCUACAACUGAUAGUACAACUGUUCCUAGUACUACACCUACAACCAAACCAAAAACACCACCUAUGACCGAUAACACCACCUACGACCGAUAG